AUGGUGUCUCGUUAUCCAAUUGGUGGUUUCGCUUUCCAUAGGCACCAGUUUCAUCUACUUCUACGACAUUUGGGAAUCUUCUCUCAAAAAGAACGUAACUUUCUUCAAGUUGACGAUGAGGGGGGUUGGAUAGUCGUCCCAUUAACUACAAUAAUCGUUUUCACUAAGACUCUUAUGAUGGCCGAGUGUUGCGAGGAGUGUUGUGAGCAAAUGGAAGAAGACGCUUAUUCGGAAUGGCUCCGUGAAGCCAAUGAUGGAGUCAAUGCUUCUCAAAUGCAUAAUGGAACAUCAGACGCCAUGGGAUAUUUCUUAGGAGAGGUCAUGUUUCCAUAUCAAGCUGAUUCAGAUUUUGAGCUCAGCUUAUCAGUUGGAGACUAUGUUGUUAUCAGAGAGGUAGUGAGUAGCGUGUGGGCAGAAGGAGAAUGUAAAGGCAACGCGGGUUGGUUUACUUACAUCUACAUCGAAAGAAGGGAUCGUGUCUUCGCAACUAAGGUCAUCGAGGUCUUCUAG